AUGAGCUGCGGGCAGCCAGACGGCAGCUAACAAGAAGUAUGUUGAGGUGGAUGUUUCAGAUCUGACAAGCUGUCUUCAGUUGGCUGAAAAGGGUCUGUGCACUUGUUGGUGAGAUGCUUAAACUAGGACCCGAGAGGAAAAGCCAGGAGGCAGCAGAGUCAAGCACCUAAGGUUCUGUACUUCCCAACGGUGGCGCUGGCUUCUGGAGGAGAGUGAGCCCCUGGGAGCUGGGCAGGUGCAGCGCACACCAGCGUUUCUCUCUUUGUGGGGACUAUGAUGACAGUAAGAAAGACGUUACACCUGACACACACAUAUAACAUGAAACAAUAUUUACCUUACUACACGUGAUGCACUCUAUUAUCUUUUCUGUUCAUUUCAUCAAGACGAAGUGCUGGUUUAUAACCCACUAGUGGGUCGUUACCUGGAGCUUGAAAAUCACUGGAUUAGAGCCUUGUAUAACAAGCGCGGCAUCACCUGGGAGCUUGUUAGACAUGCAGAAUCUCAGCCCCUCCCCUCUCCUGCAGCAUCAGAAUCUGUAUUCAAGGUGAUUUGUAUACACUACAGUUUUAGCAGACCUGGGCUAGAGCACAGUGUGUCUGGCCUGCUGGGCUGAGAGGGAGCUCUGGGUAGUGUCACUCAGGGGUGUCCUUGCCUGCGAUUGGGUGACACUAGCAGAUGCUGUCAGAACAUCGCUGUUGAGACCUCAUCAGCUCUUUGUUUCUUCUGCCUAUGACAGAUUCAGUCGUAUUUUUAUGUGGGCAACAUUUCAGAUGUUAAGCUCCUUAUCCAAGGCUAAUUUUAUAUUAUGUUAAAUCACUUGGUUUUGUUCUCAUGACUUCCUGCUUGCCAUAGGCAUAAUUGCGAGGAAAUAGAACUUCUUUAGAAGCAAGAGCACAUGCAUUCCAAAUUAAGAGCAAAUUCACUCUAAACACAGGAAAAGACCUGAGGCUUUAAUUAAGGGGUUAAAUCCAAUCCAAAAGCGCUUUUGGGGACACUGAUUGCUCAGGCAAAUGCGUCACUGCUUGAGUGUGAGGAAGGGGGGUACGGCUUUAGAUAUGUAUAUAUAUCAAAAAACAGGGCUGUGGGUUGAGCUUAAACCCCCACCCCACCCCACGGUCCCCAAAGAAGAGACCCAAAUCCACAAAACAGCGAUUUCAGAGCUGCCAAGAAGGUGAACAGCAGCGGAACUGGAGAGCCGUGCCUGUGGCCGCAGAAUGCUGCUGACACUCUGCCUCCUGCUGCUGCUCCCAGGGGCUGCAGCCACCGCCACCCUGCCCUUGGGGGACAGUCUCCCCGGCACAGACAGCGGGCAUCUACAGGAAGUGGCAGAAAUAAAGAAAAAUGGCCUCUUGACUUUCCUAGCUUGGUGGAACGAGUGGACCUCCCAGGCCAGGGCAGUGCCCUUCCUGGGCAGGGAGGCCAGAGAGGUGGCCAAGCGGCAGGAUGGCCCGCCCCCUCAGCAGGCCACGCGCCGAGAGAAAGCCACCUGCAAGAAUUUCUUCUGGAAGACCUUCUCCUCCUGCAAGUAACACUCGGCCCAUGAUUGCUCAUGCAGAGAAGUGUGAUGAUGGACUGAAAUAAAAUGAAUUAAGCAGCAGUGACG